AGCUUAUAGUGUCUGUAGCAUCGACAGAGUCUCCAGAAACGACAAGAAUGGUGCACCUGGGCUUCUGGCUGCCUCUACUAGCCUUCCCCAUGGUGGGGGCAGUUCUUCAAACGAUUCAACUCCGACAAACUAUCAUAGCGAACUGUGAUCUUAUUUUUGCCGUUACAUCAAAUCCGCUCUGCUUAAACAAUGCCUUUAUUAACGUAUGUUCCAACUUUUUCGUCAUGGCUGAAAUCUGCAGGUGGACCCGAUGUAAUUUUAUUCCACAGUACCCCGACACCAAUUUGCUAGAGGUGGUUGAGUUCUCGGACAUAGCUGGUUAUCAACAACUGGUGAACUUUUGUGGCACCAACAACGUUCCAUUGUGUCAGUUUGCAAGGACCAUGCUCCUACUAGCUCAACAAUGUAAUUCAGUUGCAGCAUGCCCUCAGACAGGAGCAAUCCUCUGUGUUCCGCCUGGUCUGUGUACCCCACUUUCCCAGAUCCCCAACCGAUCCUGCCCAAUAGCUGGGACUGAGUGCUGCAUAGUGCUACCCACAACUGCCAUGACCACUACCACGCCAACAACCACUACCACGCCAACAACCACUACCAUGAUCACUACCACGCCAACAACUACUACCAUGAUCACUACCACGCCAACAACCACUACCACGCCAACAACCACUACCAUGAUCACUACCACGCCAACAACUACUACCAUGAUCACUACCACGCCAACAACCACUACCACGCCAACAACUACUACCAUGAUCACUACCACGCCAACAACUAGUACCGCGACACCAACCAUAACAUGUAACGCCCCGGGGGCUGUAAUCGGCUGUUUUGUUGCGUGUCCUCCCACAAACCAGCUUCCGGGUGCAACCUGUCCUGGAUCCCUAAUUUGUUGUCUGAUCUGAAUACAACCAGGAUAGACUGUUUUGUAUAUACGUUUCCUCUUCUGUCAGUAUAACUGUACAUAUAUGUUGUUGGUGAAAUAAAUAAUGUUUAACUCCC